AUGGAGGUUGGAGGGCUGAUCACCGAGGUCGGUUGGACCGAGUUCGACUUCCUGUCGCAUGGUGAGGAGUCAUCGGAGGUGAUGGCGCAGCUGCUAGGUGCCUUCCCCUCCCAUGGGGAGGAACGCCAACAUGAGCUGCUGCCUUGGUCUGAUCAAGCUUCCAGUGCAUACAGUGACAGUAGCCUUGUUGUGCCACCUGCAUGUGAGGGCUACUAUUUUUUGAGUAACUCAAAUGAGGCCCUUGGGAGAAGCUCCUGCACUGCACCAGGUGCCCUGGGCUCGGUGCAGGAGGAGCUUGGUGCAGCUGAGUACCUGAAUGUGAUUGCAAACCAUUCCUUCAACGGUUAUGGGAAUGGUGAUCCGAGCUUAAGUGCCACUACAAACAAAAGCAAGAGGAAGCACAUGGUAGAAGAGCACGAUGGCCAAACCCAAACGAGAGGCCGGAAAUGCGCGCGGAAUGUUGGUGAAGCUAAGCGUGCCAAGAAGGCCAAGAAGAGUGGAGACGAAGACUCCAGCAUGGCCAUCCCAAAUGGAAGCCCGACCAGCUGCUGCACUUCUGACAGCGAUUCAAAUGCCUCUCUGGAGUCUGCAGAUGCAGAUGCUGAUGCUUGUCGUCCCAAAGGCAAGGGCCGGGCAGGCCGUGGCGCCACGACUGAACCCCAGAGCAUCUAUGCAAGGAAGAGGAGGGAAAGGAUCAACGAGAGGCUGAAGAUCCUGCAGAACCUGGUGCCCAACGGGACCAAGGUGGACAUCAGCACCAUGCUUGAGGAGGCAGUCCACUACGUGAAGUUCCUGCAGCUCCAGAUCAGGCUCCUGAGCUCUGACGACACGUGGAUGUAUGCGCCCAUCGCGUACAACGGGAUGAACAUCGGGAUCGAUAUCAACAUGGACAGAUGA